AGCUGAUAAUGAGAGGCACAGAAGCAAAUGACUUUGAACAAAAGCUGCAGGCUGCUCCCUUGUUUGGGAGCACUCUGGUCAUACACAGACCUGAUGAACAGGUUUCCAGCCAAAACAGCUGCUGGAGCGCACUGCAUGACCAUAACUAAACAAUGUCUGUCCCACGUGGAGCUGUCCAUGCAAAAUGGAUAGUAGGGAAAGUAAUUGGGACCAAAAUGCAGAAAACUGCCAAAGUGAGAGUGACAAGGCUUGUGCUGGAUCCCUACUUGCUAAAGUUCUUUAACAAAAGAAAAACCUAUUUUGCCCAUGACCCACUGCAGCAGUGUGUUGUUGGAGACAUUGUUCUUCUGAAAGCUCUGCCCGAGCGAAGGAGCAAACACGUGAAACACGAACUGGCUGAAAUUGUGUUCAAGGUUGGCAAUGUCAUAGAUCCAAUCACAGGAAAGCCCUGUGCAGGAACCAGAUUCCUGGAAAACCUGUCAGAUUCGGAAAAUCUGACAGAGGCAGAUACUACCUAUCUAAGUGAGAAACUUCAGGAACUUAAAGUUUGUUCAACAGACAAAUAGCAGGGGAAAUACUUUAAGCAGAGGGCUUCCAGCUUUUGUCUCUCUCUGCCAGGGAUGUUUGAGGCCCUGCUGUGACAUGUUAAAUGUUUCAGUGAAAUCUGUAGUCAAAAUAAAUAGUAAAUGUAGUUGCUUAUGCAAAGAGAUGUUGCAGAGUGAUGGGCACCUGGAGCUUUGAAUGAAAACACAGAGAAAAAUGCAAGUUUAGUGUUGCCACUUCAUUUUGUUGCCUGUAGUUUUGGCCCAGUGACAGUUCCCAAAGCCAGCUGCCCUCCUGGAAUGACUCCUCUGUGUUAAGACAAGACUACAACUGUGUGAUGUUUAAUUUUGGUGGGAGGGUCAUUACAUUAUUUGGUUGUUCUGUAUUUCAGGCAGUCCUUUGUGGUUUGUAGGGUUACUGGAGAUGAUGCUAUUAAAGCUUUUGAAAGGAAGUGUAGAAUUUUAAAA